GUCCAGACCGGGUCCUUGGUAGAAUCUCGGUGCUUUGGUAGUUUUUGUGCCAGCCAGCAAGCAAGUACUGACACUGUAGCUAGCUGUUUGUCAGCAUUGCUGUUGCCAUCUACUUGCUUCCAAUCCAGUGCUGGGAGCGCACAUUUCUGUUUGACCUGUCAUUUACCGUGGGAGUGUCUGAACCACCAGAAAGACAUCACGCAACAACCGUGAAAAUAGUCUUGGCAAGUUUUCAACUAGCAAUAUUUCGCUCACGCUUUCACCAUGGCCACUCACGUAUCCUGCUUCAACCCGGGUCCCGCGAAAGUGCCCAAAUCUGUUCUGAAGAAGGCCCAAGAUGAGUUCACAAACUUUCAAAGCACGGGGAUGAGUGUUGUUGAGCUCAGUCAUCGCAGCAAGGACUAUGCAGAGAUCAAUAGUCAAUGCGAGGACAGGCUAAGGAAGAUCCUGGAUAUUCCGAGCAACUACAAGGUGCUGUUCAUGCAGGGAGGUGGCACUGGCCAGUUUUCCUGCCUGCCUCUGAACAUCCGGCGAGGCGAGUCACCAGUGUUUGACUAUAUCGUCACGGGCACAUGGUCCAGCAAGGCGGCCGCAGAGGCCAAGAAGUAUGGCAAGGUCAACAUGGUCUUUCCCAAGCCAGAGAAGUUCACCAGUGUUGCUGAUGAGAAAACGUGGAAGCUUGACCCGGAGGCAUCGUACGUCUACUACUGCGCAAACGAAACAGUACAUGGUGUCGAGGUCUUAAAUCCACCGGACACUGGAAAUGUCCCCCUUGUGUGUGACAUGUCCUCUAAUUUCCUCACGUGCAAGGUCGACGUUUCGAAGUAUGGUGCUAUUGUUGCUGGAGCACAGAAGAACUUUGGUGCAGCUGGUGUUACCGUAGUCAUCAUUCGUGACGAUCUGCUGGACACAGCUCAUCCAAUGUGUCCUAUUGUGAUGGAAUACAAGACAACUGCAGCGAAUAAAUCCUGCUACAACACUCCGCCAACAUUCUGUAUUUACCUGAUCGGCCUGGUAUUUGAGUGGAUUCUGGAGCAGGGCGGUGUUGAGGCCAUGGAGAAGUGCUCCGCAGCCAAGUCAAAACAAGUAUACGAUCUCAUUGACAAGUCGAAUUUCUACUGGAGUCCCGUUGACCCAAAGUAUCGUUCUCGUGUCAACAUCCCCAUCCUCUUGGGCAGCCCGUCUGGCAACGCGGAUAUUGAAAAUCUGUUUGUGCAGAAGGCCACGGAAGCGGGUCUCAUUGGCCUGAAGGGACACAGAUCUGUCGGCGGCUUGCGUGCAUCACUGUACAAUGCAGUAUCUGAGGAGGACACGGAUCGUCUUGUGAAGUUUAUGAUUCAAUUUGAAAAGGAGUCUGCGAACUGAAGAGAUCUUUUAAAAGUAUAAAACCACCUUUAUCUAUUUUGUUGCGGUGUCGUCAUCUUUUAUUAAUAUAAUAUUAUAUCCCACGUUGUUGCGGUUGUAAUGUAGUGGCUAGUCUGAUCUCACCUUUGUUAUACUACUUCCACAGGUGAUGGCAGUUUAAGCUGGCGUGUUCGCUGCUCGUGUGUUCUUGUAUGGCAUUAGCUACCUGUCGUCGUCUUCUUCAUCCAAAUCUGUUGAACAGAGAGCUUUUUUUUAACCGUUGCCAAGUGGCUUGUCUCGUUAGGACAGUUACUCCUCAUGGCAAUUAUUGUACAUGUAUUCGGCGGAAUAGCGCGAGCUCCAGUGUGGAGCAAACCCUUUCGUAUCCACUUUAUUACCAUUAUCCACUUUGUUUUCAUGCUCCAGACAGCCUGGCGCUGUCUGUAUUACAUUGUGUCGGAAUUGCGACCUAGUUCAAGCUCAUAUUCUUAUUUGGCAAGAUCAUGUCUUCUUUCCCCCUGCUUGUUUUGUUUUGUUUCCUCCGCUUUCAAGAGCCUGUCAGAGGCGCGUCAGUUUCACUAUUCUGCUCAUUUGCAACAUGGGUUUUUUAUCUUUCCACUGCCGACAAGAGUGCUGGGUGUGUAUAGCGUAUCUUUUGGUCUUGUGGUAUGCUUUAUGGCAGCUAUUUGCACGCACAUAUUUUGGAGACGGUGUGUAAUGCCAUGUACAUGUACUUAA